AUGUCGGUUCCGGUCCUUGCGGCCGCCGCCGACGGCGAGACAGUUGUUCCAAAUUCUAUUGAACAACAGGGGAAAGAUUCCCUGCUGGCUGCAGCUGAUCCUGAAAUAAUUACUGUCAGCGUGAAGGAGAAUGACAGCACCUGCCUGCCGUGUGGCCGAGGUAGGAGUGCCCAGCCAGGCUCGGUGGUCUGGUUCAGGGUGGCACAAGGAGCCAGAGACCAGCCGGUCCCCGUGGCUUUGUGCUCCGAAAAAGAAGCCUUCAUCCCUUCUUGUGAUCGUGAUGGAGGGGGCGCAUCAGGGGUGGGGAGGCUCUGCUGCUCUGGGUCUGGUGGCCUCACGAUAAGAAGAGUGGAGGCUGGCGACAAGGGGACGUACACGUGUGUCACGGGGGCUCUCCUCGGCCAGCACGUGUGUAACAACAGCCUCGCCAUGUGCGAGACAGACCUCUGGCACAAGAUGUUGAAUCAUCCCAAUAAUCCUGUUCAGAAAACUACGCAGGUGUCAGUUAUAGGUGACGAUGCUGGAUCGAUGAGGACGUACAUCGUAAAGGUUCACACUGGGAAAAUACACAGAAGUGGAACCGAUGCAAUCGUUACAAUUCACAUCUAUGGAAACAAAAAUAAUGUGACCUCACAACUGGUUACAUCAGAAACAAACAACAAUCCCUUUGAAACUGACCAGGUGGACAUCUUCACGUUAAAAGUAAACAAUAUCGGAACAAUCAUGAAAAUCUCCGUGGCACACGACGGCACCGGGCUAUUCGAUGACUGGUUUCUUGAGAAAAUUGACAUCGAGGAUGAAAAGUCAAAAGUCACUUACACAUUUACAAGCAAUGUUUGGGUUUAUAAAAACGAUGUAAAAACCCUUCAGAUCCAGAAAAUUCAUCAUGGAAUCCAGACACCUACUGCCCAAGAUACAUUUUGUGAUGUUCUCACGCAAGAUGCAAGUUGUCAUGUCGGCGUAAUGGAUGAGAUGUGCACGCAAUUCGGAAGCAAAAAAACGACUCUGGAGACAACAACGGCCUGGCUUAACCACUCGACGUCUGCUCUGACCAAGCAAGCUAUGGGAGGCCAUGUCGAAACUGGGGGGCAGUCUCAACCUGAAGUCGUCUACUGGCUGCCCAUCAUUGGCGUUUUGAUCAUUAUCGUUUUCCUGAUGAUCGUAGCAGUCUUCUUCCACAUUCAUACAAAGAGACGCACGCCGAGUGUUAUGCUUCUGGCCAACUAUCAGAGACAUGGGAAUCAUACUUCACAAACCGCAACACUCAACGAGUAUAAGCAAUCAGGAGUGAAAUUAACUUCACUUUCCAAACAAUUAAAUGGCACAAAUUGUGACUAUGAAAAUGUGUAAUCAAGAAAAGAUUAUCGACACGUGCAUCUGUGGAGGAUGUGUGCAGCACCACCCGCCGCACACGCCCACCACAAAUGCGGAAACGUCAAGAGAAGUACAAGUCACCGACGCUGCAAUUGUUUUUCAAAGUCACAAUGCUUGCUGUGUUUUACUUUGCUGUCAAUUAAAACUUGGGCACUAACAAUAAUGUUCACAUAUAUAACUGUAUACAUAGGCUGGAUGCUGCCAUAGUUAAAUUGUUAUCACAUUAGACUUGGAACCUAAAGAUUGCUGGUUCAAUCUCCUGGCUAGGCCUCGGCAAGGUAAGGUAAAAGUUAAAAGUUAAAAACAACGAGCCUACCUUUACCCUACCUUUUACCUUACCACAAUACAAUCACUCUACCCUACCUUUUACCCCUUAGCAGGUAAGAUAAAAGGUAAAAAGCAACGAGCCUACCGUUACCCUACCUUGUACCUUUACACCAUACAAAUUACCCGAUUACAGGGUAUUUACUGGGGUACAACACAUGAAAAAAGUUUAUAAUGGUAAAUGCUAGGUAGAGCGCUUUAUUCAUAUAUAAUACUCUCGAUUAUUCAAAUUUUACACGCUUUCUUUGAACUCACUCUGUCUGUUGUUGUCGUUGUGUCCUCAAAUCUUGUAACUAAAUUUUAACCCACUUCCCAAUGUGGUAUCGACUGCAAACUUGGUAUACUUAUGUCAUACUGAUGACAAUACUAUAUUCUAUCAUAAAAAAUUAUAAAACAUAUUUUUAAACAUUUUUUUUAUGUUAUGUUUCGGCUUGGGUCUAAUUGUCCACGCUCAACUGACGUUGGCUGUGUUUGGCUAUGGUCCCUUACGUUAUGGCAAGCUUCUGGGCCACUUCCUGGAGUCGUGGAAUUCUGCCAUUAUGAGUACAUUUAAUAAAAGCGUGUUUAAAAUAUUACUUAUUAAAUGGAGGCCACGGACU